ACGGGCCUGCUUGUCCUCUUGCCUGGCAGUGUCAAGCACUCUUCGAAAUGUCCGCGUGCUAUAAGACCCCGCUGCGUUCUUCAAUCAGGGCACAAAGAGUAUUCCCUUCGACCAUCCUCAGAACUGUCCUAAGACGUUCCGUCGCGUCGAAGCCCGUAUAUGAAGGGCACAUACCUUUAAACGCACUCGAGAAUGCUUUCCUAGCUGUUGGAUCCGCGGUCAUGUCUCUCGCAGACCCGAGAAGAGGCGAUAUGAUUGCGGCACUCGGAGAGACUACCGCUGGUCCGGCAUUACCUCGUCUUCGAGAUCUUAUGCUGGAAAACGCGGAAGGCCGCCAGAUUCUGAAGGACAGACCACGAGUGAACUCUCAUACGGUGGAUAUGGACGCGUUGGCCCGACUACCUGAAGGUACAUUCGGCCGGGCGUAUGUGACCUGGUUGGAACGAUGCGGCGUAACGCCAGAUACACGAGAGCCGGUACACUACAUCGACGACCCCGAGCUAGCCUACGUCAUGCAGCGCUACCGCGAAUGCCAUGACUUCUACCACUGCAUCUGCAACCUCCCCGUCAACGUCUCCUCCGAACUCGCACUCAAAUUUUUUGAGUUUGUGAACCUCGGCCUGCCCGUUGCCGGCAUCUCCGCCGCGUUCGGUCAUCUGCGACUGUCCUGGCCUCAGCGUCAGCGACUCUUCGCGGAGUACGUCCCCUGGGCACUGAAGUGUGGGAGCAGUGCGCGGAGCAUGAUCACCGUGUAUUGGGAAAAGCGGUGGGAGCAAAGCGUGCAAGAGAUGAAGAAGGAGCUGGGGAUAUGGGAUCCCCCCGAAGCAAAGUGGCCUAAAGCCCUGAGCGAGGCGAAAGCUGCUGCUGCCAAGCGGGCAGCUGUGCCGUCUCAUGGAGAAUCUCAAUCACAUGUUGUAUAGACCUCAAUCUUUUGGCCAACUUGCUGAUAGAUAUCUGCGAUCCGCCGCAAACAAUGUUAUAUCACGGCUGUGAUCUACUACCCCUUGUCAACCGCGUA